AUUCUAGACUAGAUUCUAGAUUUCUCUAGAUCUAGAUAUAGAGACGUUUACAGAGAGUCGAAGAACUAAAAUAUCUUUGAAAGUCAACAUAUUUCAAUGGUUUGACAGCAGAGAUAAAGUGAAAAUAAAAAGAAAAAAAGAUCCAGGCUGACUGGAGUCUGACAGUAUACCUUCAGAUCUCAAAGACCUAGAAUCUACCCCUGGUAUUUUAGGAGAACUACAAGCUCAGAAUGGGGAAUGAAGAUUUUGACCGAUUAAGGGUCAUUGGAAAGGGCAGCUAUGGAGAAGUGUGGCUUGCGAAACACAAGAAAGACAAAAAGCAGUAUGUCUUAAAGAAAAUGAAUCUUGGAAAGGCAUCUCGAAGGGAGAGGAAAUCUGCAGAGCAGGAGGCAAAGCUACUGUCUAAGCUCAAGCAUCCAAAUAUUGUAUCAUACAAAGACUCAUUUGAAACAGACAGCGGCUUCCUGUACAUAGCCAUGCAAUACUGUGAAGGAGGAGAUUUGUAUGCCAAGCUCAAGGAGCAGCGGGGCCAAGCUCUGGAGGAACGACAGGUUGUGGAAUGGUUUGUGCAGAUUGCCAUGGCCCUGCAGUACAUGCAUGAGAGAAAUAUUUUGCACCGGGAUCUGAAGACUCAGAAUAUCUUUCUGACCAAAAGUAAAAUCAUCAAAGUUGGAGACCUUGGUAUUGCCAGGGUUUUGGACAAUGCCAGCGACAUGGCUACAACUCUGAUUGGAACACCGUACUACAUGAGCCCAGAACUUUUCUCCAAUAAACCCUACAAUCACAAGUCUGACGUGUGGGCCCUGGGGUGCUGUGUGUACGAGAUGACCACUCUGAAGCAUGCCUUCAAUGCAAAAGACAUGAACUCACUUGUUUACAAAAUUUUGAAAGGAAGAAUGCCUCCUAUGCCGGGCAAGUACAGCUCCGAGCUCCUUGUUCUGAUGCGUAGCAUGAUGCACCAGGAACCUGAAAAAAGACCCAGUGUCAACCGGAUACUCCGUGACCCAUACAUCAAAAAGAACAUUGCCAUCUUUCUUGAAGACACCAAGAAGAGUAGUCGAAGGCCAUCUUCUGCCAGCCAAGUCUCCAUCCCUGCCCCCUCUCGCCCUUCCUCGGCAGGAUCAUCUCGCAAAAACUCACUGCCGUCUUCCGGUGCAGCUUCUGGGGGUGGGGAUAAGAGUUCCAGAAGUUCCCAGUCUGAAUCAUCUUCUCGCAGUAAAGCCAAAGAUGAACCAGACUCUCCCCGAGAUAACUCGGCACCAGCAGAUCUGGCAGCAAAACCUCCGCCAGCAAGGAAGUCACAAGAGGCAGCUGCGCCAAGGGAUCUGGAGCCAAUCAGGGAGAAGGGGGAAGAGCCUCUCAAGUCAUCGUCCUCUGAGGCUGGUGACACGCAAGACACGGUGGUGCCUCAAACUGUGAAAGAGGCAAAAUCUCCCAAGAAAGAAGGAGCUCCGAGGAAAAAGAAUUUCUUAAGAAACCAUAUGAGGAACAAAUCGGAUGAGGGUGAGAAAGCCGCAGAGGGGGAUAAGAACGGUGGAGGGGACAACAUCAGUAAACCUCCAUCCGGGGGUGAGAAGAGAAACAGCAAGCCUGUCGCUGUUGUAGAACCACAGAAACCUAGGCUGGUGAAGAAAGAAGACAAGUCUAGGCCAGUGCCCAUGCCGCGGGCUGAAGAGAGCUCAGGCUUGCCGCAGCGCCGAGACGACAUUCUGCCAGCAGACGGCAGUCGUCGCCCUGUGUCCACCGACUCGUCCAAGAGCUCUAGUGUGUCCAGCUCCAAGGAGGAUAAUGGAGGUCUGGACGGAGAGACGCCCAGGAGUUUACCCAACUUGUCUGCCAGACAGCGAAGGCGUCAACAGAAGAGUGAUACUGCUGCAUCAUAUGAAAACCCCAACACGGCCCGCAUCAGACUCCGAAGAACCCCCGAGAGAUCUGGGUCUGAGAAGGUCACCCGAGCUGAGAAAGCUCUUCCACCAAAACUGAUGCGGCCACAACGACCGAGACACGCCCGGCAGCCAUCACUGAAUGACAGUACUAGUUCUUCGGAUGAGUCACAGAAAGUCUGUGAAGUGGAGAAAGAUAAUUCUCAAGAAAAAGAACUGAAGAGGGAAAACAAGGAAAUGAACAACUUCAUUAGUCUACUGGAUACCACACUGCACAUGAACAAUGUUCGAGGAAACUCGGACGAUGAGAAAGAAGAAGAGGAGGAGGAGGAGGAGGAGGAGGAGUUGGUACCUGUGGAAGAGGAGCCAGUGAACUCUCGUGCCUCCACCCCUCCCACCCCGCCCUCCCAGAAACACCCUCACCCAGACCCUGCUCAAAUGCACAAGUCUGUCUCCAUGCCCAGUGUGGAGACACUCACUAACACAUCCAGACUAAUGGACAGAAUACGAUUGCUACACAAAGACUGCAUUCAAGGUGUUGGUUAUGCAUCUCUGAAGAAAGCUUACGAAAUUCUGGAUAAGAUCGAUGAAGAUGAAGUGGAGCCAAAGCUGGUGGAGCUGCUUGGCAUGGAAAAGUUUGAUGAAUACGCCGGGAAAAUCUGGCAGCUCAAGUUCUGCGAAGAAGCCUUGUUCAUGACAUGACCGCUCACAGCUGAAGCUCGAGAACAUUGAUUAUAUCCACUCGAGAUGUUGAUCGCAUCUCACCCCAGCUGGCGUUUUUUAACUGCAGCAAUAUCAUCUAUUUAUUACAAUCGCCUUUCUAAAAAUGGAGGGUGACUUAUUGGUUGUGAGAACUGAAUUAGACUAAGAGGUUGUUCUUUUCUGGAACAUUCUGGAAUUUCAGAUAGCUUAAAGCUUUCCACUGUAGGUAAUGUGGGAUACAGUAACCAUUUUUUUGUGAACAGCGUAUAGUUUGUAACCCGCGAAGAGCUUUUGUGCUCUAGAUUUUAUUGUCAAACAAUUAUGGUGUUGUUCAGUGUUUCAUUGACUCUCAGCUCUGCUGCCUGCCUUUGUGAGAGGAUAUUUCUAUCCUUUUCUCUGAGAAUGGUCCAUUGUGGUAUACUAAGGGUGGGGACUGUCUUAUGAACAAUUCUCCGAACGUCACAAACGUAAUGUUCCAGUACUAUGAGAAUUUCAUUUUCACCUCAAAAGAUUGACCUGCACAUGAAGUGCUUUAGAGAGCAUCUAUGAGGUUUAAUUCAGCUGUGGAAACAUAACUGUUAUUCUAAUAAAUGAGAUAAAGGGCUGAAAAUGUGUUAGAUCUCAAUAUGUGAGCAUGCCUUGUGAAAGGUAACAAAAGAGGCAUUUGCUCGAACCGAGAUAUAUCAGGCUUCAAAGGUCAAAAAUAGAAUCUUUGACUAAAACUAAGUGCCAUUAAAAAUGGAUUCUUUAGCCGUUCAUAUAUCGAUAUUUACAAGGACUUGAGCUUCUUUUACUUUAAAUAAUAUUUUUAAAGAUGUUUUUUAAACACAAGGUAUAUUGCAUAAUCCCCAAAAAUAUGCAAGAAAAAUAGUUUUCCAAGUAAACAUUGCGGAUGGUUUCUCUUGUCCAUUCAUAAAGUCGACCCAAUCACAUUGCAUACCAAAAUUUAGGUCAUUGUCUCCCCUCUCUAGUGGCAGGUAGUGCACAUGAAUAUCUAGAGCAUGUAAACAAAGCGAAGCUUUGCGCAUCCACACCCUUUGGUUUUUUUGGAUAGCAAACUUGUAUUGCUUUUUUCUGCCCUUCGCAAACCUAGAUCUAUUUCUUGAAAAUUCUUGUUCAAGGUGGUGGUGAAUUUGUUUGAAGACGUAACAUAAACACAUUGAAGCUGUUCUUUUGUCUUAGCUGCUUUUUAAAGUUGGUUUGUGAGUAGCGAAUGUGUUGUCAGGUUUCUCGAAGUGUAGAUCUAUCUAUUUGAAGCUGAAACAAAGGGAAACUUUAAAGCCGUUUUUGUCAAAACUUUGUUUCCAUACCCUGUCUUACAAAAUCACCCAUUUCUCAAAAACAACUGAAGAUAUCAUAAAAAUUCAAAAAGCAUAUUGUUCAGAUAUGAUCUCUGUACAUGAAAAUGCAAAAAAACGGGAUUCUUCAAAAUGCGCUACCUGGUACUUUUCACCAGGCACACACACAUAUGGUGACGUCGCCGAUUCAAGACACUUGCUAAUAAGAGCUUUUUAUUAUAAAACAAAUAAUGAAUACUUCAAAUUUAUUUUAUCUGCAGUAUACGUUCAUCAUAUAAGCUAACAAGUAUGUACUUUGCCCAGUGUACAUAUAGAAUUUAAGAA